AGACGAAGCAAACGGCGACGUUUCAGACCACUUAUAUUGUAGUUGUGUUGCGCAGAAUAUCAAAUCGUUAAGUAUUGAUGGGAUUUCAGCCAUAUUAAACGCUGCUCCCAUGUUUUAAAAGAUCUGAUACACAGCUCAAUGGUCUCAGGUCCCCACAAAUGCGGUCGUGUCUUCACGGUGUGAUAAUUUGCUGAACAGGGUUAAAAUGUAGCUAGCUAAUCUGGAACGACACCGAAGACUGUCAGACUGGACCAGCACGAAGCCGGGUGCGCGCUAUCGCUCGUGCUUCUUCAGUCUCACUGGCACACACUACUAAGGCAUCACCAUCUUCUGUGUAGCAAAGCAUUUGGAAUACAGUAGCUGCGGCAAAACAUUUCAUUUCGAGAAGUAAUUUGCCUUUGAGAUGGGAUCCUCGGUGAUGGAGGAUAAGGAUGAGGCCUGCACAGAGCACCUAUACUGCUGUGGUGCUGUCACAGAAGUCCUCAAAUUCGGCACCUGUAACCUACACUCUGGCAAUCAACCUAAAAUGCUUUUUCUCAUCAUACCAGGUAACCCAGGUGUGGUUGGCUUCUACAAGACCUUCAUGCAGACGCUUCACCAGACAUUGGGGCGGCGCUACCCUGUGUGGGCAGUGAGCCAUGCUGGACACUGUGUGCCUCCUGAUACUAUGGACAUGAUUGAAGACCCAACCGUGAUGGCAGCGGGGGACGUGUUUGGUUUGAACGGGCAGAUAGAGCACAAGCUGGCCUUCCUCACGGAGCACGUUCCAAGGGACUUUCGCCUGGUCCUGGUGGGCCACUCCAUUGGCUGCUACCUCAUCCUAGAGAUGAUGAAGAGGGAUCCUGAGCUGCAGGUGGUGAAGUCAGUGAUGCUGUUCCCCACCAUCGAGCGCAUGGCGGCGACCCCUCAGGGAAGGGUCAUGACCCCGGUGCUGUGCCGCCUGCGCUAUGUGGCUUACCUGCCCAUCUUCCUCCUCUCUCUUCUACCUGAUGUACUCAAGGCCUUCAUGGUGAAGCUGGUCUUCAGAGGGCUGCGUUCACUGGACCACUCGACCGUGCCGCCUACUGUUAGCCUCAUUAACGUGGACACCGCUGCCAAUGCUAUGUACAUGGGGAGUCAAGAGAUGUUGGAAGUUCUGGAGAGAGACAACUUCACCAUCAAUCAAAACCUUCACAAGCUUGUGUUUUACUAUGGAGCCACUGACCACUGGUGCCCUGUGCAGUAUUAUCAGGAGAUCAAGAGGAAGUUUCCAGAGGGAGACAUCAGACUGUGUAGUCGAGGAAUUCGUCAUGCCUUCGUCUUGGACGCAGGAAAGGAAGUGGCUGGUAUGAUCUUUGAAUGGAUCCGCAAAGAUUUGCAAACAUGGAGCUAGUUUCAAAUACGCUCCAAGCAGCAUGACAGUGCGACCGUGAUUUAAAGAAAUUGUCAUCGAAAUAUUAAUUGGAUAAUGAUAUUAUCGGUUUAUGUUACCUAAAUUAAUGUAAAACUUUUAAGGAGUGAUGACAUCUGGUAGUGAAAUGAAAGAAUGAAGAUAUUUGUCCAAAUCAUUGUCAAAGCUCUUUAAGCACUAAACUAGUUCCCUAUGCUAUAACGUGUGAUUAUAGCCCCUACAGUACCAUCACUGCCUUAUAGUUACAGAGAUAUCAGGUAAGCUUCAACAACCACAUCGUUUUUAUGAAAAUCCCAAAAUUGACUUGUAUUUUGACAUUGGACCCCAAACUUUGUUCUGUCUGUUUUCUUUCCCGAUUUUAAAUUUUAAAAUUAGUUUUUAUUUCAAUAUACUGAAUAGCAAAGUAAUGCAUAAGGACCAAAACCUUGAUACGAUUAUUAAUUCUAAUUGUAUUGAUUUGCAUAUUGCGUUAUAUCUUUAUUGGACCACCAAUCAUAUAAAUAUGUAUUUGUUGUUGCCAAAUUUCUGUUGGGUUGGCAGGAAAUUGUGAUGCUUCACUUUGUAAAGUAAUGGUAUGUGUUUGCUGAAGAGGACCAAGAGAAAUCAGCUGGAAUCUAUUUAUACAUUUGAUUAGUUCAUAGGUUCUUAAUUACACUGUAAUGUAAUGUAAUGUAACAUAUGGCACUAUUCAAUCAAAAACAACAUCCUUUUUGUUUUGCAAAAAUGCACAUUAGUGUCAAACAAACUCAAAGGCAUAUUAACUCAAACAUGCUUUCUA